AUGGUUCUUGGGUUGGUGGCGGUUGGUGCAGCCGAUUUUGCCGCACAACCUCCUCAUUUCCGCCACCAUCCGCGCCAUGAGCACAUGAUGCCGCCUGCAGGGGCACCAAGGCCCCACUGGCUCUACCCUGAGCAUAAGCUGCCCCAUGAUCGUGAACAUGUCCCAGGCCCCAGACCCGGACCAUUCGCCCACCCGCCUAGGAUGGCUGGAGCACCGGAUGACAUGCCUCACCACCACCACCAUGGUGCACACCCUCCCAUGAUGCAGCACGGCCACGGGCCCCAUGGGAAGGUGAUGCCACCAACUCAUGCUCCCCACAUGCAUCCGCGUCAUCACGAGCCUAUGGCACCGGCCUAUUAG